UGGCAGGAGGGACACAUGGUGCCGGUAGGAGAAUCUGGAGCCGUGCAGCUGAGACACCCUGGGGGGAGCAGCAGAGGGGUGUGUGGGAAAUAUCUUGAAAACAUAACGGCAGUUGGUCCCAGGACAGUUGGAAGUCCAGAAAAUGAAAUUCUCACAGUUAACUACCUCUUAGAACAAAUUAAGGCUAUUGAAAUCGAAAGCAGUGUUGCACACAAGAUUUCUAUAGAUAUACAGAGGCCAACAGGUUCCUUCAGCAUUGACUUCUUAGGUGGUUUUACCAGUUACUAUGCAAACAUAACUAAUGUCGUGGUUAAGCUAGAGCCCCGAAGUGGAGCUAAACAUGCUGUGCUAUCCAAUUGUCACUUUGACUCUGUACCAAACACCCCAGGUGCCAGUGAUGAUGCUGUUAGUUGCUCAGUGAUGCUGGAAAUACUGAACCCUCUUUCAAAGUCAUCUGAUCCCUUGCAACAUGCUGUCAUAUUCCUUUUUAACGGUGCCGAAGAAAGCAUUUUGCAGGCGAGUCAUGGCUUCAUUACACAACACCGCUGGGCCAAGUCGAUUAAAGCAUUUAUCAACCUGCUUGUAUUUCAAACAGGGCCAGAAAAUCCUUGGUUGGUACAAGCAUAUGUCUUUGCAGCCAAGCACCCCUUUGCUUCUGUGGUGGCACAGGAAGUGUUUCAGAGUGGAAUUAUUCCUGCAGAAACAGACUUCCGUAUCUACAGGGACUUUGGGAAUAUUCCAGGAAUAGACUUGGCUUUCAUUGAAAAUGGCUACAUUUACCAUACAAAAUAUGACACACCAGACAGAAUCUUAUCCGAUUCAAUUCAGAGAGCAGGUGACAAUAUUUUAGGAAUGCUAAAAUACUUAGCAACAUCAGAUAAGUUGGCCAAAUCGUUUGACUAUCGGCAUGGAAAUGUGGUCUUCUUUGAUGUGUUUGGUCUGUUUGUUCUGGUCUACCCUGCUCGUGUUGGCACAAUCAUGAACUAUAUAAUAACUGCAGUUACUUUCCUUUAUGUAGGAAAAAAAAUAUUACAGCCCAGAAACAGGGCUAUUAACUAUUUGAAGGAGCUCUCCAUUGCAUUUGGCUUCACACUGUUAAGUUGGCUCUCCACAGUAGUAAUUGUCCUUAUUGUGGCAGUGUUCAUCUCUCUCAUUGGGCGGUCUCUUUCUUGGUACAACCACUUCUAUGUCUCUGUUUUCUUGUAUGGAACUGCAGCUGUGGCUAACCUAAUCUUUGUGCACACAUUAGCCAAAAAGUUCUACUAUAAGAAUAAAAAUGAACAGUACCUGGGGGAGAUAUUCUUUGAUGUUGCACUCCUUGCUUGGUCUAUUGUAUUGGUUCUAAUCACUCAGCUAGGCCUUUGCUCAGCAUUCAUCUGUGCAAUAUGGGUAGCAUUUCCUUUACUCACAAAGCUAUCGAUCCAUAGGGAGUUCAAACAAAAAGGUGCCACAAUAAGAUUUAUCAUGAUUUACAUGCUGGGUAUGUUUAUCCCGUACCUGUAUAUAAUGUACCUCACCUGGACAAUAUUUGAAAUAUUCAUUCCCAUCAUGGGUCGAAGUGGCACAGAAAUUCCACCGGAUGUAGUGCUGGCAGCCUUUAUCGUUGGCAGUACUGUAAUUCUGUCAUCUUAUUUUCUUAAUUUUAUCUAUCUUGCCAAAAGUACAAAGAAGACAAUAAUAGCUUUAACUACAGUGUUUGGAGUGACACUAAUUCUUGUUUGUAGUGGAGUGUUCUUCCCAUACAGUUCUGAUUCAGCUAAUCCAAAGCCUAAGCGAAUCUUUCUCCAGCAUGUGAGCAGAAGAUUUCAUGGCCUAAGUGGAAAUUUGGUAAAAAGUGACUCUGGAAUAUGGAUUAAUGGGAUGGACUAUGCUGGAAUAGCUCACAUCACUCCUUAUAUACCUGAACUCAAUGAUACUAUCAGAACUCAUUGCGAGGAGAAGGCUCCUUUCUGUGGCUUUCCUUGGAUUCUUCCUGUGCACUUUUUUCUCAGAAAGAACUGGUAUCUUCCUGCUCCAGAAGUUUCUCCCACAAACCCUGUUCACUUUAAACUUCUGGCCAAAGAGCAGAUGCCAUGGGAUUCUACAAAGUUAACCUUUGAAGUAUCAGGUCCCAGUCACAUGUCACUGUACAUUCGACCACAUGAAGGGUCAACACUCUCCAGCUGGUCUCUUGGAAAUGGAACUCCUGUUGCUAAUACAAGAGGCGAUUAUUUUGUGUGUUACACUCAUGGGCUUCAGGCUGUGGCAUGGCACUUCUGGAUAGAGUUGAAGACUGCAGAAAAGCACUCUGAUGGAAUGGUUUCCCUUGCCAUAGCAGCACAUUAUUUCUUUGGAGAAGAUCAAAAGUCACCUCAGCUGUAUGCCCUAAUGGAGAGAUUUCCAAACUGGACGUUUCCUUCUGGUUGGGUCUGUACCUAUGACCUCUUUGUCUUUUAGUCUCGCAACAAUGCAAAGAGAUCAAAUUAAGUCUCACUGUGAGAGAAGAUUCAACUUUCCUUCAUGAGUUCAUUCUGACAAGGUGCAGAAGUUUGUUUUCACAGUUCAGGGAAAAACAUUUUGGGCACAAGUUUGUUUCUGUGGUAGCUUGACUUCUUAAAGGAUAAGUAGGGUUCCCAUCCUUUUUCUUUGGAAGUGGGCGGUCUUGCUUUGUGGGGCUGGGAGAGAAGUGCCUCCUUAUCUAUGCAGCUCUAAUUCAGCUUUCUCCUACUGAUGAGACAAUUUGACUAGUGCAAAAUUAACAUGAAGACUUGAAUUGGAGGAAGUACCUAUAUAGAGGUACUUAUGUGUGCACUUUGUAAGUGAGGGGUCUUUGUGAAUGAAUUCCUACAAUCUUUUAAAAUCCUCCCCAAGGUUAGUCAUCCUACCUUGUCCUAUUAAAAUAAAAAGGCUUUGUCUAAAAUAUUUUUGAUUACGUAUGUAAAGGAUUAUGUACGUAAAGGACUUUUUCUGAGUAAGUAUUACUGUGAUCUCUGGAUGAUGCUUGUUUUGAAGUAGUCAAUUAGGCUAUGUUAUGUACUUCCAGUUCUUGGAAAAAUUCAAAAUUUCAUGCCAUGGAAUUUGAUGUUAAAUGUGUUACUUAGAUCAUUAACAACUCUCCUUUUCCUGUCCUCUACUGUUCUGUUUUGAAGAUUUUUAUUGGUCACUUCCUUUCUCUGUCCUUUUGUUAACUCUUUACUCCAGUGAUUUUGAGUGGAGGAAAUUUGAUCAAAUCAUAGAGUCUUCUACUUAUUUCCCUGUUAGCAUCUUGCAGCCUGUUUCAAGUAUCAACAUUUAGACUAGACUCAUAUGUGAGAUGUAAGCAUGAGGCAUUGUCUUGUAUGUCAGAGCACUGAGCCCCACACUGGCCUUUUUAGUUAGAAUCUUGUAGCUGCUUAAUUACUAGUUUCUAAAUCAAUGUUGGUAUAAAUUUCUGUAUAUUUUUGAUAAGUACUUUUGUGUAGAUUUUCUUGGUUGUUGAAGGAUAAUUCAUUUCAUUUUACUUCAUUAAUAUUUUGGUUCGAUGUUUAAUUUUUUUUAAAAAGUGCUUUUUCCUUAAGGAUUUGUGUAACUAUCGUGAAAAGAGAUUUUUUUAAAGCACAUGUAGCAUCUGGUAUUUGUAGAAAACUAUUCUUAACUUAAUCUUACAGGGUUAAAUUUUCAAAAGCAUGUAAGUGAUUUAGGAAUACAGCUCCAAUUUUGAAACCAACAGGACUUGUGCUCCUAAGUGAGCUAUGUGAUUUUUGAAAACUCCACCCCUAUAGAAAAGUGCAGCCAGCCCCCAAAAAAACAAAAAAAACCCAAGCCCUUCGAUUUUAUUUUUCUAAACUGUGUGUAGGUUGGGAAAGUAGGAAAAUUGUUAUUGUUGGGGAGCUUUUUCCAAAUUAAUUCCAGCAGUUUGUGCUGAUCAUUCUGUAACACAUGGUGUAAACUUGGUGCUUUGUUCACCUCAUUAAAAAUUGCCAAAUUAUAUGCACCAGUUCUUCUUGUGUAGGCACUAGUUAAAGCAACAAGCUGCAAGGUUGGGGAUAGCUACACAGUGAGAAAUUAGAGCCUGAGAUGACAUUCCUCAUGACCUCACUUGGCCCUGAGGGAUAGUAGCUCUCAUGAUCAGGUCUAUUGGCUUUCUAAUUUAACCAUUCAGUUAUUAGAAUCCGAAUGGAACAAUUCAGUAUAUUAUGAGGAAACAUUUAUAGGGUGUUCCAUGACUGAGAUUCUCAUAGACCAAUUAAAGUAUAUAGUUGUUUUGGAUUGUAUAUUGCACAACUUAAACAAAAUCAACAGACUAUCACCAUUAGUUCAGCAGCACCUAGUCUUUCAUGUAUAGUGCUUAUCCCUAUAAAGAGGGGGGAACGAUUAGCAAUCCUAAUACUUUUACAAAAGUAACUGAGUAACUUCAAAAUAGAUUUCUUAAAUGUAUAAUAAGUCUCAGUAAAUGCAGUGUUUUGUACUGCACAUUCACCAGAGUUAAGCUUGAUUAAGGCUGUACCGGAGGCAUUCACUGUGUCUUCUCCAAAAUGGAUAAUUUUUGUGCCUCUGCCUUGUAAACUUAAAAAAAAUGCCAAGAGUCUGUGGAAAGGGGAAAAUAUCCACAUGCAGUAUAUUGGUAACUUUUGGAACUUCAGUGCAGCAAUAAUUAUAUUUUGUUUCUGCAAGAAAAAGUAAAAUGACAUUGCUAACUCAGGAUCACCCUUUAUUAAAUUGUCGGGGAUGUCUGAUUAUUGUGAAUUUCUGCCUUACUGAAAAUUAAACUUGACUGUUUGUUUAACAUGCA